CCCCAAUUUAAACAGACCCAGCCAUGCUCCCUCCCUCCAACCUCACCAGACCGCCCUCCCAGCGUGUACACCGCCCUUCCCGUCGAUCCCCCCCAUCCCCCUGAUCGCACGAUGCCGCCGUCCGACUUUGCACAGGCGAACGUCCAGGACGUCGUCGAGCAGCUCACCACAGACGAGGCCAUCCUCCUCACCGCAGGCGUCGGCUUCUGGCACACCUAUGCCGUCCCCAGGCUCUCCAUCCCCGCCCUCAAGACAAGCGAUGGCCCGAACGGCAUCCGAGGCAACCACUUCUUCAUGGGCACCCCCGCCAAGUGCCUGCCCUCUGCCACCGGCAUGGCCGCUACCUUUGACACCGAGCUUAUGCACCAGGUUGGCCUCAAGCUCCUCGCCCAAGAGGCCAAGCUCAAGGCCGCCUCCGUCUGGCUCGGUCCCACCUGCAACACCCAGCGCAAUCCCCUCGGCGGCCGCUCCUUCGAGUCGUUCUCAGAGGACCCUCACCUAUCCGGCACCAUUGCCGCCGCGUACAUCAACGGUGUCCAGGAGGGCGGUAUCGCUGCCUGCAUCAAGCACUUUGCCACCAACGACAAGGAGAACGACCGGAUGGCGUACGACUCCAUCGUCAGCGAGCGUGCCCUCAGGGAGAUCUACAUGAUGCCCUUCAUGAUCGCGGAGAAGCACGCAAAGCCGUGGUGCUACAUGACUGCCUACAACCGCGUCAACGGCACGCACCUCUCGGAGAAUCCCAAGAUCAUCCGUGACAUCCUGCGCGCGGAAUGGGGCAGCGACGCCCUGGUCAUGAGUGACUGGUUCGGCGUGUACUCCAUCGACCAUGCGAUCAAUGCCGGUCUCGACCUCGAGAUGCCGGGCACGAACAAGUGGCGGACCCUCGACCUCAUGAACCGCUCUAUUCAGAGCAGGAAGAUCAUGAAACGCACCGUCAAGGAACGCGCCGCGAAGGUGCUCGAGCUCGUCCAAAAGUGCGCCAAGGCAGCACCGGAGAUCCUUGACGGCGACGGCCAAGAGCACACGGUCGACACACCCGAGGAGAAGACGCUCAUGCGCCGGCUCGCCGCAGAGUCCAUCGUCCUCCUCAAGAACGAGGGCAGUGUCCUCCCGCUCAAGCCCAAGGAGCAGGGCCUGAAGAAGAUCGCGAUCGUCGGCGGGAACGCCAAGGCGAUCGUCAUCAGCGGGGGCGGUUCCGCGGCGCUCAAGCCGUCCUACUUCACGAACCCACACGACGGACUCGUCGCCGCGCUCAAGGCGCUCGACCCCGACGUGGAGAUCACGUUCUCGGAGGGCGCGCGCGCGACGAUGCUCACGCCGUCGCUCGACUACGACAUGUUCACCGCGGACGGGCGCAGGGGAUGGAUCGGCGAGUGGUAUAAGCAUGAGAACGAUGAGAGCAUGACACCGGUGGGCGGCCCGAUUGAGGAGCAGUAUAUUGAUGAGACGAGGAUGUUCUUCAGCACUUCGUACCCGGCGGAACUCACGAAGCGCUGGACGCUCAAGGUCAAGGGCCAACUGAAGCCGCGAGAGAAGGAUACUCUCUUUGAGUUUGGCCUGACAUCCGCUGGACGGGCGAAGCUCUUCGUCGACGGCAAGCUCGUGGUGGACAACUGGACGAAGCAACUCCGCGGUGACGCCUUCUUCGGCUCAGGCUCCGUCGAGGAGAAGGGCACCGUGCAGCUCAAAGCCGGGGUCAAGCACGACAUCCUCGUCGAGUUCUGUAACGUGCGCGCGCCCGCGCCGAACGACCCCGACGAGGCGGUCAUGGACUCGAACCCGGGCGUGCGGCUCGGCGGCCAGGAGGUCGUCGACCCCGACGUGCUCAUGGCCGAGGCCGUGCAGCUCGCGCGCGAGGCGGACGCCGUCAUCGCCGUCGUCGGUCUCAACGCGGACUGGGAGACGGAGGGCUAUGACCGCACGACCCUCGCGCUCCCACCCCGGACGGACGAGCUCGUCUCGAAGGUCGCCGCGGUGAACAAGCGCACCGUCGUCGUCACCCAAAGCGGGUCGAGCAUCACGAUGCCGUGGGCGGACGAGGUCCCCGCGAUUGUGCAUGCGUGGUACCUUGGGAACGCGACGGGCGAGGCUAUCGGCGAUGUUGUUGCAGGGAAGGUGAACCCGAGUGGAAGGAUGACGCUCACGUUCGCGAAGCGGCUGGAGGACUAUGGCAGCCAUGGCCACUUCCACUCGGAAAAUGGCAAGGUUCGCUAUGCGGAGGACCUAUUCGUGGGCUACAAGCACUUCCAUCAUCGCAAGCUCGCGCCGCAGUGGUACUUCGGCUAUGGCCUCUCCUACACGACCUUCCGCUACUCUGCCCUAUCGCUCUCGAAGCCUUCGGUCUCGAACGGCGACUUCAACCUCACCGCCAAGGUGACCAUCCAGAACACAGGCGCGGUCAUCGGCUCCGACGUCGUGCAGCUCUACAUCACGUUGCCGAGCACGUCGGAGCUCACGCACGCACCCGUGAUGCUCAAGGCGUUCAAGAAGGUGAAGGACCUCGCGCCGGGCACGAGUGAGACCGUCACGCUCACGCUCGACAAGUACGCGGUGUCGUACUGGGAGGAGCGCAUCGCGCGCUGGGUCGUCGAGGACGGCGAGUACCUCGUCCGUGUUGGCAGGAGCAGCGCGCCGGAGGACUUGACGCUCGCAGCGACGUUUGCGAUAGAGAAGGGUUUCGAGUGGAGCGGGCUGUAGACGGACCUGCGGCGCAAAGUGUAUGAUACUAGUUGAUACCCCGUGGUUGGCAAGAAUGAGAAGUUCAAUGUAUGUACUAGUACGCAAUUGCAUGGCGGUGUGACCUCAA